GCUCAAAGAAUGAUCAGAUGGCUUCGAAACAGGGAAGUCACUUCAAAUCAAAAUGUCUUAUCUAUGGACCUUAGUUGUGGGCUGAAACCAUAUCAUUUACGACAAAUAUUGCCUCAGGACGCAGUGGACGAUAUAUUUCUUGGUUUUUCGGCAGAUGGUUGCUUUUUGGUUUCAUACAAAAAUGACUUUAAGCACCACGUAAUUAGGUUUUGGCUUUUUCCACCAAGUUCUACCGGAAAAAGUGGCCCGAAGCUUGUUUUGUACAGUGAGAGGAAAUUUUUAAGAACCAGUUACUGUCCAGAAAUUCAUAACGUUCCAUGUGUUAGGUUUGUGCAGUCCCUCGCGAUUCCUAACUCCUUUUUACUUCUUGCAUGCAACAAUGAUGGAAGUGGGUUUGUUGCUGCAUUUGGUCUUAUGCCAGAUUUAGAUUGUAACAUCUGUUCUGAGGCAUCAUAUAUUCAUGAUCGUUUGCCCAAUAAAGUUACUUGUAGUAUUCAUUCGCAUGUGCUACCUCUUAAUCUCGACAUAUCUCUUGCUCAAGAAUUCUCCGUCCCUAUAAGAAGUAACAGAAAUGCAUUGAAGUUCCAGAAUAUUUCGUAUCGAUGCACCUCCCAUUUUGUACCACCCUGUUUACGUUCAUUUGAUGAAAAUUCUAAUAAUACUGACCUUUGUGACGGCUCUUGUUUUACUUCGACUGGCUUGCCGAUUGGAAAGAUUCAUGUUGGUGUAUCUCCAAAUACUGGACAUUUACGAAUUGCUUGGGCUAAUCCAGAUGCACAGGUUAAAAUCAUGUCCUGCUCAUUCAAACCUUAUACUAGUUCUGGUGAUUUUUCAUUUUGUUCAUUACCCAAGGGCAUGUCCACAUCAGUCGGAAAGUACCCUGAUUCAUUAAUUUAUAAACCUCCUCUUAUCACACACAAUUAUUGUUCAACGUGUUAUUCGUGGCCGGAAGAUAACAAAAUGUGUAAAAAAGAAUAUAAUUCCUCGAUACCAUUAAGUUUAAAUUCUUCGAAGUGUAUUUUUUCUCAAGAUUCACUCAAUGUUUAUUUAGUUAGUGAUUCUUCAGUAUGGCCAGAUAAUCACUCAAAUCAACUUCCGGAUGGUGCUGAGAGAAUAAACCACAACUGUUCAGGUGAAAAAUAUUCUCAUGAUAUCCAACUAUCACCACUUUAUGUUAAAAGUAAAGACACUUGGGUUCCGUCACUAUUAUAUAGACGUCCAUCUUUCUUCUCAUGUAUUCAGCUGACAUACCUUGCAAUGUUGCAAGAUAUUCGAGCUUCUUAUUUGCACUGGACAUUAAUAUCACGUAAUACUAGUAAAAUGAAUUGUUUAAUUAAUUCAUCAAAUUUUGUUUAUCCCACAUAUCAAAUUGAUCCUGUAGAUGAAGAUACUGGUGAGUUAAAUGGAAAUAAUUCUUCUGUAUCUUCAUUACACAGUUCAUAUGAUGAUGAUGAUGAUGAUGAAACUGCAGCUAUCCUAACUAGUCCAGAUAGUUUAGAUUCAAAUUCAUCUCCUGAAGAUUUAUUAGUUCAUCGACUUUCUGGUCAAUGUCAUACUUCAUUUGAUCAUACAGAAUGGGAAGAAUAUAUAGCACCUAAUGUACAGACUGUUAUAGGUGAUGUAAAUUCAGAUUGUAAUAGAAUAAAUGAAAAACCACAACAUCGUGUAAUUGCACAUUUGGAAGAGGUUGUAUUUGAUAUCCCACUGAAUAAUCUACUUCGUGAAAAGAAAUGUACAUAUAAUAGUUCUUCUCCAGUACUUGCUCCAUUCUUUCCUCCUGAUGAACCGGAUUUAUUGUUUAUUUACUAUAUCAAAAAUGAUCUUGAUUCGAAUAUAAUAUACGAAACAUCUGAUGAAUUGAGUACAAUAAAUCUUAUUGAAAUUAUAGAUAUAACUACUGGAUAUAGAAUUCCAGUACCAUCAAAAGAUGAAUUACCUAAUGAGUAUAUACAUUCAACUGGAUUUAAUAGUUCUGUUCUCAAGAGGCUAACAUCUUGUUGCCCUCAAAACUACAAAGUUUCAUCAUCAUCAUCGUCAUCAUCAUCAUCUCAAUGUAGAAAGAAAUUAAUUCAUGAACUAAAUAACUGUCUUAUGGCUGGACGAUUAGAAAGUUUAAAAUUGUUAGUUGAUCCACAAGGUGGUUAUUCUGUAUAUUGGUAGAUCGAUUGUACAAUGAUUAUUUUUUUAUACAAAAUUUUCUUAUUAGAUCUAUCUAUGUAUUAUAUGUUUGAUUUUUUGUUUUUGAUUGUUUCACUAUGAAAUAAAAAAGAAUC